AUGGAAAAUGAUCAUUUGUCUCAUUCCGCCAACUCCUCAGAAGAUGUUUGGCUGCCUCGUUCUUCAUGUCCAGUAACUUCAAGUGAUUCGGAGCGGAAUCAUAAUAUCAGCGAAUUUGGCUUGAGAACAAAUCUUGAUGAAACCAGCUCUCAUUUAGAGAAAGCAAACAGUAUCCCAAGAAGUUUACGGUCGUUCUUACGUAAAGCUGCCAGUCUGAAGGAAUCUUGUUCGGUGUCAUCAACCAAAUGUUCUGUAUUUUGUCUCGAUGGAAGGUGCCUUAGAUUUAAUGUACAUAAACUUGCUCUUGGACGUCAGCUUUUGGAUACAGUUUGUCAAUACUUAGAGAUAGAAGAGUCGCAGUACUUCGGUCUAGUAUUUUAUUUGAAUCGUAAAGCUGACAGGAACUCAGUUUUGGGAACAUGUCAAAAUGAAGAAUCAUCCAGUGGAAAUAAUCAAGAUGGUCUUGACAAGUCAUUUCGCAUAUCUUCGUCAUCAUCUUCAAUCAAUAACUCCUACUCAACUAGGUUCUGUGGCUGCCCUUUGACAAAUUCAUUUAACCCGUGUAAAGUAUAUUCUUACCAUAGUACGUAUCCUGGCUUCAAUCCAUUUUUUAUCGAUGUUCCUUUCUGGUUGGAUACAGAAAAACGAAUAACUGAUCAAUGUCAUGGUAAUAAAUUAAUAUUUUACUUCCAAGUGAAAUUUUAUCCUCAGCAUCCGGAUCGUGUUUUCCAAUGUCCAAAGUCUAGACAUCAGUUCUGUCUUCAGUUAAGACAACAUUUAUGUAUAGGACGACUAUUAUGCUCAUUUGAAACUCAUGUAAUAUUGGGUGCUUUAAUAGCUCAAAUGGUAUUAGGUGAUGCUAUAAAAUAUCAACGUUCUCAUAGUGCUCAUUUAAGCUGUCGUUCAAUACAUUGUGCUGAAUCAACAUCACAUGCCUAUUCACGACAACAGUCAACUUCACUAACCCAUAGUCUUUCAUCUGCUGAACGUGGAUGUAGCCUAGCUGAACCUGAACAUAGUGACAGUAGUAUAAUAUGGGAUUCACAGAAAGAUGGCAAAAGCAAUGAAGUCAAAUAUCAUCAUCACCAUCCAUCGUCUUCAGUGAAUAAAAGGAAUACAUUCAGCCAUAUUGGUUGUAGUUGUUCAACUCAACAGAUUGACAAUACGAGUAUGAUUUACUUACAGUGUUUACCGCAUUUAGCUCGAGGAUCUGUAACUUCAUCAUCUAUUAUCCAUCAGAGUACAUAUGAUAUAACAUCAAACAGUCGACCAAGUUUAUCGUCAACUGCAAUGUUUAGCAAUAUUGAAGAUGUACUUUUAUCUCCACUGGCAAAUAAUUUUAGUCCUGGAUGGCCUUAUCCAAAAUCAAAUUGUCAAUACUGUCCUGUAUUGCUAUCGCGUAUCACUCGCCUGCAUCGAAAGUUUAGAGGUAUGCUUCAAGAAGAUGCUGAAAAGUCAUUUUUAGAAAAUGUGAAAAAAUUGGCAUUUUAUGGCGUUGAAUUACAUCCUGUGAAGAAAUUUCAUGCUACCUACAUGUCAACCGGGUCUUUCAAAAAAUUAACUAAAAAAUUGGUUCGUUCAUUUUCUGAUCGUUCCAAAACUAGUCCUACUGAAUCUUAUCAUAAUUAUACUGAUGAAUAUUUAAUGAAUGGAUCUAAUCAAACACUGAACUCCUCUAGCAAAGGCAAUAAAUCGUUAUCGAAAUCUAGUAUUAAAUCGUCUUUACAGAGAUUAUUUAACAUAAAACGUGGCUCCGCGUUAUUUCCGUUCGCCUUUAAUGAUUUCCCAAAUUUUGAUUUCUCUUUGGGAGUUUAUCAUGCUGGUGUAUUCCUUCAAUGGGGUCAUUUACGCCUGUCACAUUAUACAUGGUCACAAAUUGUCAAAGUGUGCUAUCAUUCAGAUGAGUUCUCUAUUGUGGUAAGAGAUAAUAAAAUUAAAUCAUCUCCCACUCGCCGAAUUCUGCUUACAUGUAAAUUUGCUUGCCGAAAAUUAGCUAAACGUUUUUAUAGAACCUGUGUUGAACAUCAUAUAUUUUUCAAAAUGCAUCAAAAUCGUUCGUUUCUGUCGAAUACAAUUAAAGAACAGCUGUUGAAACCUCAGUCUCUUAUCCUACCUAUACGUCAAAACUUACGAAUCGGUGAUGAAUCGAAUCCUUCAGUAUCUAUAAAUGGACCGUGUAGUAUUGAGUAUUUAUCUGUCAGUAAUUUACAGUCACCGAAGUUACCAACGACGCCUACACGAUCGGAAUCAGAAAUAGCCGAAUUCAUUACUUCAUCAAAUAAUGAAGUAAAUCAUGACCUUCCUACACAAUCUAUACACCAUUCACAAGUGGAUACACAACCUCAGAUGAACUUAUAUACCAUUGAAAAGACGUAUUCCACUGAACACUUAGUGCCAUCUACUUCUUAUGCUGCACUGUCUGCUAGGAAUGCUGCAUGUUUCCAACUUGAUACUGACUUAGGCAAUCAUAUUACCAGUAGUCCACUGAAAUGUUCCAGUCGGGUAAAUAUCUUAAACGUCAACGCUGAAGAUGAUGAUCACUACAGAUCUCCAGAAAUUCAAUUCUAUGAAUGUAUGCAUAUAUCAGAAGGCUUGAAUUUAAAUCCUGAAGAUCACGUGCAUCAAUCCACUCCAACUCCGGCUAACACACAGUUAUCAUUCAGUCUGGAGGAUGAUGCUGUCAAUGAUUCAUUACUCAUGCCGCCAGAAAAUUCCAACUUCGAAUCAUCUUCUAAUGAAGUUUGUGAAACUUUAUUAAACUGCAGAAUUUCUAAUCUGCAGUCAGCUGAUACAGAUUCAUUAAACUGUGACAGUUGUCUACCUACUGGUGUAGGUCACUGUUUACCAGCUUUACAGAAUGUUUCAGCCUGUACGCCUUCUUCACAAAUUACAGCAGAAAAUUCUAUAGAUCCGUUAUGGUUCAAUGUAUAUCCAUCAAUCGAUUUCAAGUUAUUGGAUAGGAUUAUUUCACCAACCUACAGGUCGAUUAUUUCGCCUAAUGGUCAAAUUAUUCGUUUAACAUCAGGGAAUGACUCUAAUCAUGUACAGCCUUCUACAUCGUCUACACUUCCGUGCAGUUUUCUUCAUUUGAAUUCAAAUGAUAAAGAGGCAACAUCAUAUUUCCCUAUACCGAUAGUUCAAACACGUGCUGUUCGCUUUGUUUACGAUCCAUCACUUCAGAUAAAUGAAUAUAAAACGUUUAGUAGUAAUUCACAAAUUCAUCUUGUCUGCGCUAAUGAUAUUCCACUAGUGUCAACUAAAUUUUUCUAUCAUCAUUAA